AUGGCUGUUGGCGGUCGUUCUGCAAGAUACAAGGUUCAAGCUAUUAUAUACUACAUUUAUUUAUUUUACAGGUACUUCCCUGAUGGCAUUGACAUAUAUUUUGACAAUGUGGGAGCUAAUAUGCUUGAAGCUGCAGUUUUCAACAUGAACACAUUUGGUAGAGUUGCAGUUUGUGGGGUAAUCUCCGAGUACACAGAUGUCACAAAACGAGCUGCACCGGACAUGAUUGAUGUUAUUUAUAAGAGAAUCACUAUCCAAGGCUUCGUAGUCACCGAUCAAAUGAAUGUUUAUGCAGAUUUCCUCUCAACAACUGCUGAUCACCUUCGCAAUGGGAAAAUGAAGGUGCUCGAGGACAUUUCACAUGGCGUGGAAAGCAUUCCAAUCGCUUUUAUGGCACUUUUUAGCGGUGAUAACAUUGGAAAAAAGAUUGUUCAAAUCAUAGCAGAUGUUUAGAACUCAUUUUGCGUAUUAGAUGUUUUCCUUCCCAUUGAUUCAAAGAACAUUUUGAUACAAAUUUCUUUAAGUUCUGUAGAAUUUUGAGAUGUUUUCCUUCACACAAGUUGAUAUCCAAACAAUUGACAAUUUGAAGAGA